UUUCUUUUCUUCGCACUCUCUAACGCCUUUUCACUCUCUCCCUCCCUCCCUCCCUCUCUUUCUCUCUGAAUUCGUUCCGGCCAAACUCUGUUCUCGGUCCACGCAUGGAGAACCUUAUCACAUUGGUGAACAAACUACAGAGGGCAUGUACAGCACUAGGCGAUCACGGCGAAGAGAGCUCCUUGCCCACUCUCUGGGAUGCAUUGCCCGCCAUUGCCGUCGUCGGUGGCCAGAGCUCUGGGAAGUCUUCUGUGCUAGAGAGUAUUGUCGGGAAAGACUUUUUACCCCGUGGAGCUGGGAUUGUUACUAGGCGUCCUCUUGUCUUGCAACUCCAUAGGAUUGAUGAAGGAAGAGAAUAUGCAGAGUUUAUGCAUCAACCUAGAAAGAGAUUCACUGAUUUUGCUGCCGUGAGGAAGGAGAUUUCUGAUGAGACUGAUCGAGAGACAGGUCGGACAAAACAAAUUUCUACUGUUCCAAUCCAUCUCAGUAUCUUUUCCCCUAAUGUUGUGAACUUGACGUUGGUCGAUCUUCCUGGACUUACAAAAGUAGCUGUUGAUGGUCAGCCAGAGAGCAUUGUGCAAGACAUUGAGAACAUGGUUCGGUCCUACAUUGAGAAGCCCAACUGUAUUAUUCUUGCAAUUUCUCCAGCCAACCAAGAUCUUGCUACAUCUGAUGCAAUUAAGAUUUCCCGUGAGGUAGACCCUAAAGGGGAGAGGACAUUUGGAGUUUUGACCAAGAUUGAUCUUAUGGAUAAGGGUACUGAUGCAGUUGAUAUCCUAGAAGGAAGAUCAUAUAAGCUACGAUUUCCUUGGAUUGGUGUUGUUAAUCGGUCUCAAGCCGAUAUAAAUAAAAGUGUUGAUAUGAUUGCUGCCAGGCGCAGAGAACGUGAAUACUUUGCUACUAGCCCAGAGUAUAGGCAUCUGACUGACAGAAUGGGUUCUGAGCAUCUAGGAAAGAUGCUUUCUAAGCACUUGGAAACUGUUAUCAAGUCUCGAAUCCCAGGCCUUCAAUCCCUUAUCAAUAAAACCAUAACUGAGCUGGAAGCAGAACUGAACCGUCUUGGGAAGCCCAUUGCUUCGGAUGCUGGAGGAAAAUUGUAUGCCAUAAUGGAAAUUUGUCGAACAUUUGAUCAAAUAUUUAAAGAACAUCUAGAUGGCGUGCGCCCAGGUGGUGAUAAGAUCUACAGUGUGUUUGAUAAUCAGCUUCCAGCUGCUCUGAAGAGGUUGCAAUUUGACAAACAUCUUUCAAUGGAAAACGUGAGAAAGCUAAUCACUGAGGCAGAUGGAUAUCAACCUCACCUAAUUGCUCCUGAACAAGGAUAUCGUCGUCUGAUUGAGUUUUCCUUGGUAACAAUUAGAGGUCCUGCCGAGGCAGCUGUAGAUGCGGUUCAUGCUAUAUUGAAGGAUCUUACUCACAAGGCUAUUGGUGAAACUAUGGAGCUAAAGCAGUAUCCCACUCUGAGAUCGGAAGUCGCAAAUGCAGCAAUUGAAUCAUUGGACAGGAUGAGGGAAGAAAGCAAGAAAGCAACCUUGCAGUUGGUUGACAUGGAAAUUGGUUAUCUAACUGUCGAAUAUUUUCGCAAGCUUCCCCAAGAUAUUGAGAAGGGUGGAAAUCCAACACACUCAGUUUUUGACAGAUACAAUGAUUCAUAUCUCAGGCGAGUUGGAACGAAUGUCUUGUCCUAUGUCAAUAUGGUUUGUGCAAGUUUGAGGAACUCUAUUCCGAAGUCUGUUGUCUAUUGUCAAGUGCGUGAGGCCAAACGAGGCCUACUUGAUCAUUUCUUCACAGAGUUGGGUAAAAAAGAGUCAAAGCAGUUGGGUAAAUUGUUGGAUGAGGAUCCAGCAAUCAUGCAGCGUCGUUCAAACCUUGCAAAAAGGUUGGAGUUAUAUAGAAGUGCCCAAGAGGAAAUUGAUGCAGUUGCUUGGUCCAAAUAGAGGGGACUUGAUUUAUUUUCUUUCUUAGAAGUUGGAUGGCAUCGAUUCUUUCAUUUAUUAGCAUCCCAUAAAGCUCACGCCGCUUGAAUUGAAUUAGAAAAUUCUAAGAGAUCUUGAUCAGUGAAUAUAUACCAAUUCUGUAUUAUUCACAUUUUUCUUGUUCCGAUAGAGAUGAUUGGACCCAUGAACUUCGAAAUAAAAAAGGUAGCAUUUUGUUAAUUUUUAGGCACGAUUGGAUCUCACUUCCCUUUUGUUAAUAUGUAUAGAUAGCCUCAUUUAGCUAGCCAUGAUGCAUGGUUGGAGUAGCAAAAUUAAUGUUGUAUCUUGAAUGAUGGGUGCAUGCCGAGAAUUGGAAAACAUUUUUUUAGGUUCUAAUGACA